AUGUUCUCAUCGCUUGUUACUGUCGCCUCUUUGGCGCUUGCAGCCACAGCUUCCUGGAAUGGCAACAUCAACUUCAACAGCCCGUCGCUACAGCACCGAGACUUGGGCCUUGACAUAGCCAAGAUUCAAAAACGUACUGGUCUUGUCGUGAGGCAGACGGCCAACUUCACGGACAGCCAGCUCAACUUUACCCAUGGUGUAGCUUCUGGUGAUCCAUAUCCCAAUUCAGUCAUCCUCUGGACCAGACUUGCCCCCAGUCUGGCCAGCGACCGAUCCAACGUCACUGUCUCCGGAACUGUUGAGUUUUACAAUCAUGAAAAUGAAGAGUAUAUCAGAGCCUCGAAGCACAGGGUCUGCACUCAGUGGCGUAUCGCUAGCGAUGCGAAUCUCACUCGCGUGGUCGACCAUGGUACCGCUUAUACCACGUCUGACAUUGAUUUCACCGUCAAGGUUGAGGCGAAGAAGCUCCGUCCAUUCACCACCUACUACUACCAAUUCACCCAAUGCGGUACCAGCAACCACUCUCCCCUCGGUCGCACCAAAACAUCUCCAUCUGCAGACCAGAAGAUUGACAACAUCGGGCUGGCUGUCUACUCUUGUUCAAACUUCCCGAACGGCUAUUUCAACGCCUAUGGCAAUGCCGCUCGCAAAGACCGCGUUGAUUAUGUCAUUCAUUUGGGAGACUACAUAUACGAGUCGAGCGUUGGUGUACAGGGUCGUGAUGCCAGAGCUACCAACCCCAGCCGUGCUCUCCUCACACUAUACGAUUACAGGACUCGCAUUGCCCAGUACAGAACAGACGUCGACUUGUUGCUGUCUCAUCAGAAGUUUGCUUGGAUCGCAACCUGGGACGACCAUGAGGUUGCCAACAAUGGGUACCGCGACGGAUUCAGCGCCAUGAACAAUACUGAAGACUCCUUCGUUCGCUCGGGUGGUGUCAGUGUUGACCAACGCAAGAUGAAUGCUGUUCGUGCCUACUUUGAGUGGAUGCCCAUCCGUCGGGUAAACAUGGAUGACAACCUUCGAAUCUGGAGAAACUUCCAGAUGGGAACCCUUCUUGAUCUGACCAUGCUUGACACGCGCAACUAUGACCGUUCAAUCACCGACCUGAGUAAGUUUAUGAUGUAUUCCUUUACCCGACAGCACACUGACCGAAGCANNGAUUGGAACACUGACUACAUUUACGACAUUCACAAUGACGCCGGACGCUCGCUCAUGGGCUCUCAGCAAGAGAACUGGUUCUACAAGACUCUCAUUUCCAGCAAGAAGCGCGGCGCGGCCUGGCGAAUCAUUGGUAACCAGAUCGUCUUCAGCCGUGUCAACAUAACAUCCUGGUUCGGCACAUUCGAAAACCCUUACAACGAAGACCAGUGGGAUGGCUACCAAGCGAAUCGCAACCGAACCUUCCAAACUCUCUACGACCACGAUAUCGGAAAUAACAUCAUGCUUGCGGGUGACUCUCAUGCCAACUGGGUUUCUGACUUGGUCUGGUUGGAUGAGCAUCCCUAUGACUCUGCCACAGGCGAAGGUGCCAUCGGUGUGGAAUUUGCUGGCACCGCAGUCACGUCCUCUGGCUUCGGCGGCACUAUUCGGUCUGCCAACAACCAGUCUUCCACGCUCGUCCGUGAUAAUUCCGAAUUGCAAUGGAACGAGGGUUAUUACAGAGGUUACUUUGAGCUACAGGUCGGAUACGAUGCUGUCCAUGCCUCGUACUAUGGCAUGCCGACGGUCGCAAGCCAGAAUCCCUUGGAGAUCAGCUUGGCCAACUUCAGUGUUCUCAAUGGCGGGAACAAACUUCAACGUCCUGUAGCUGGAGGAUAUGUGGAGAGUGGAUAUAUCAAGACAGGUCAGGUGCAGAUGACCAAUCUGACGUACAACACACAGAACCAGUCGUGGGCGGUCAGAGACGACUUCAAUCAGAUGUUCAUCUCGUACCCGCGUACGACUUGA